GGUCAAACAAACUUCAAUCAGCCGGUCCAUUAAGACAUUGGCUCACUUCCGGUUGACCACCAGUUCUUCUGUCCAAUCCAAUACAAUCCGGUUUUAGAAGUUGGAUCAAAUUUGGUACGAGUGCAAACCUAUCCUACAGAUUUCGAUGCACCUCAAUGGCUUCAAAACGCAAAGAAACGGUUUAAAGCCUAGUGAGUUUUGAAGGUGGGGGUUUCCCGUUGGAGUUGGAGUCGGAGUCGGAGUCUCUGGAAUGCUCCCUUUUGUGAUAGAAAUGCCUUCUUCAGAGACUGCUGUCACUCGCUCCUUGCCCAUUACCAGAUCCCCCAAAACACAUACUCAAGUAUAAGAAAUAGGGGAAUUUUUGUUUUUGUAUUUUCUAAAGCCCAUCUCUAUGUGUGGGUGCUUGAACGAGCUUCCUGGUGCACUCUCCCUUGUCUCCAUGGACUUAAGCAUGAGAAGUUCUUCUUUGCUUUCUCCUCCAACCUUUGGUCUUCGAGUAUUACCCUUUCCUGCAAAGCUUAGGUUACAGAGAUUGAAGCGCCCAAUCCCCGUGAAGCCUUUAAUUGUCAGCAGCGCAAUUGGGUCCGAUAAGAAUGGUUUCCCGAUUAUACCCAACCAGGUUUUCAUGGAGGAGGCUAUAGGAGCCGAGUAUGGGGAAGGUUUUGAGACUUUUAGAUCAGACGGCCCUCUAAAGGUUGAUGUGGAUUUUCUGAAUGAAAAAUUACAAGAAGGUUUCCUGCAGAAGAUUCGCUAUGCUAUGAAGCCAGAUGAAGCUUUUGGUCUUAUUUUCUCUUGGGACAAUGUUGUGGCUGAUACUCGAGACCUGAAGCUGUUCACUUGGAAACAACUUGCCUUUGAAGAGGGGCAGGAGAUUCCUGAGGACAGUGACGUGCACAAAUCAUUACUUUAUGCUGGUGCUGAUCAUGUAUUGCUAAAGGUUUUGCUUUGGGAGAAAGCAAAAAGUGAAUUGGAUAGAUUAAAAUCGAGGCUUUCACAAUUAUAUUAUGAGAAUCUUCUGAAAUUUACCAAACCCGUCGAGGGAUUGGAGGAAUGGCUUGAUGCAGUCUCCACUGCUCGUAUCCCUUGUGCUGCUGCUUCAUAUCUUGACAGGAGAAAUCUGGUUGAAGCUCUGCAUCAAAUGGGCCUCAAGAAAUAUUUCCAGGCAAUUGUAAGUGAGGAAGAUGGAAUGGAGUCAAAAGCUCAUAGAUUCCUCUCCGCAGCAGUAAAGUUGGACCGGAAGCCAUCGAAGUGUGUGGUGUUUGAGGAUGACCCAAGAGGCAUAACUGCUGCUCACAACUGUACGAUGAUGGCUGUGGCAUUGAUUGGUUCUCACCCUGCGUAUGAGUUGGUUCAAGCCGAUCUUGCAGUCGCCAGUUACAGUGAGCUUUCGGUGAUCAACCUUCGAAGAUUAUUUGCUCACAAGGGCUCUACAUUCAUGGAUCUACAGAAGCAGGUUAUAGAGAAAAGCCCACCUAAGAGAAAGCUAACAAUUGAUACCAUUUUCUAAUUCAGUUUCAUAGACCUCAUCCUAUUUAACCUUGUAGUUAAGUAGCCGGAGGUUUACAUUGUACAGAGCCCCUUUUUGUCAAACUUUUGGUUUUCACAUUGUAAAUACAUCAGUCAACAUAGAUCACCAUGUGAAUGCCCUUUCAUUAGUUUUGUA